AUGGGAUCCGCAGCUGACUACGAGGCGACAAUCCGAGCGCUCAAGAAGAGCCUUACGGACGCGCGGAACCAGCAGCUUCGCGCCGAGACGGCGCUGGCCCGCACCCAGCGCGACCUCGCGGCGGCGCCUCUUGUCGACGCAACGACGGACACGAUUCUACGCGAGAUUGCUGCGUGUGCAGAGGAGCUCCGUGCAGAGACACAAGGGUCGACGGCCCAUGCUCUCAACAAAACGAUCGCCCGCCUCGGCGCGUUGCAGCUCACGGUUGCUGCUGCACAGCAGCGCCAGCAUGCAUGCGUUGUCGCGCAGGAGGCAGACGUCGCGCACCUGCGGGCUGCCAUCGAGCACCAGCCGCGACGCAAAGACUACCAAAUGGCUCAGCUCGAAAUCCAAGCGCUCAGCCAAGAGAAUGUGCGACUGCGGCGCGAGCUCGCCGCUGCCCACGCCCCGGCCGCGCCACCGCCCGUGCCCGUUGACACACAGCGCGCGAUCCGGCGUGACAAGCUACUGAAACAGCUGCGGGUCCAAACAAGUCAGAAAGACGAUGUGAUUACAGGCGAUAUUGUCCUCGAUGGCCAUGUCGUUCUGGACAACGUGAUGCGUCAAAAGGUCGGCCUGCUCUGCAUCGACAUGAUCAUCGACAUCAGCCAGCGACUCGACAACCCUCGCGUCGCCGAGCUGCCUCGCUACGUUGCCCAAAUGGCGCACAAGUGCGCGACGAUCCCGCGCCUCUUGACGUUUGCUAACUGCGUCGCGUCGGCACUCGGCGCACCCGCCGGCAGCGAGCUCCCAGACCUGGACGCUCUCAUCACGGACUUGCAUGAUCCACGCGCAUUUGGCGACGUCAUGAAGGCGCUCAACGUGACGACGCUUGCCGCCAUGGUGCCGGCAAUCAUGGAGAUGCGGUCGCUGCUGGUGACGCAGCGCGAGUUUGCUGCCGCGCUGCGCCAGCUCCUCGGGCUCGCACAUGGCGCGACGACAAAAGAUAUCCUCGACGUCUUGACGGGCCAAGGUGUCGUCGUCUUCACGCUCGGCCUGCUCACGGGCACGGGCACGACGCUGAUGUCCAAGCCCAUUUUCCAGACGUGGCUCAUGUUCGCCGCCAUGAUUUUUGCCUUGCCGAUCCAGUACAUCUACCAUUGGCAUCUCGAGCGGCAAUGGCAUGCGAACGGCGGCAAGAUCACAGGCUUCAAGCGGCCACAGCGCGUGCCCAUCAAGACGUACUUUGUCCUGGCGCUGCCCGCAGCCUUUGACUUGAUUGCGACGUACUUGGCCAACCUAGGGCUGCUCUACGUGACGGUCAGCGUCUUCCAGCUCAUGAAGUGCACCGUCAUCAUCUUUGUCGCGCUCCUCAAGGUGGUCGUGCUCAAGGACCACCUCCGCGGGUACAUGUGGAUUGGCAUCGCCAUGAACACGGCGGCGGCCAUCAUGGUGGGCUUUACGAGCUUCCAGGACACGGACGACCAGCUCAACAGCACCAACAACCCGGGUCUGGGCAUCCUCAUGAUUGUGCUGAGCUGCUUUGUGCAGUCGGCGCAAUACGUCUUUGAAGAAAAGCUCAUGGGCGACGGGAUUGACACGGCGCCGCCGUUGAUCGUCGUCGGCAUGGAAGGCUUCUGGGGCCUUCUCUUCACGUCCAUCUUUGUCUACCCGAUCGCGUACUACCUCCCGGGCAACGACCUCGGGUCGUACGAGCGCUUUGACGACGCGCUCACGAUGCUCGGCCACAGCAAGGCGGCGCAGAUUGCCGCCGGUAUCUUUGUGUUCGUCAUCCUUGGCUACAACGUCUUUGCCGUUUUUGUGACCUUUCUCCUCGACUCGAUCUGGCACGCGAUCCUCGACAACUUUCGCCCGAUCACGGUCUGGGGCACGGACCUGCUGCUCUUUUACGUCUUUACGCCCGGUACGUUUGGCGAGGCGUGGACGAUUUGGAGCUGGCUCGAGCUCGGCGGCAUGCUCACGCUCCUCGUCGGCACGGCGGUCUACAACGGGUCGAUCCAGCUGCCCGGGCACUACUAUGACGAGCCGGUCGACGGUGAGAGUGGCGCCACGACCAUGAUCCGGACGCCGCUCUCGAUGGCGAGUUCAGCCUUGACGCGCAGCCCGAUGAUCUCCAAGCAAGCGCUCAAGGCUGCCGACAUUGCACGCCGGACGCCCGACCCCAUGGACCGCGAACGCGUCCGGAAAGAGUACAUGACCGAGUUCCACAAGCUGCAGUCGGGCAAGGACAGCAGCGGCUCGAGCGCGUCCAAGCGCCUCGACCCCGCGGGGCACUCGUACGGCUCGAUGGACACGUAG